AUGGAGACUAAUGAUUUAAAGACUAUCGUUGCUCUAGUACCGGUUUUUACAGGCAAAAAAGAAGACUUGGAAAGUUUCACUGCUAACCUAGAGUUAGAUAGUCGGGUCCAGAAUAGAAUCAAACAGAAAGGAAUACCAAAGAAUAUUAAUGAUUUAAUAUCUGCCUUGAAGACGGCCUAUAAGCCCGUAAAGUCAUCCAAUGCUGUUUUGAAUGAGUUGUCCGGUUUAACUCAAAGAAACAACAAUUUGCAAGGUUUCGCUAAUAAAAUAGAAAGUCUUGUUUCUGAGCUCAACGAGAUUCAAAUUUCUGAUUUAGGUGAGCAAUGUAGGGAUGCAAUAAUAGCUACUAAUAACCUGACAGCAUUCAAUACGUUCUUGAAUGGACUUCAGGAUCAACAGAUUGUUUCAACUAUUGAGGCUAGUCGUGUAUCGACAUUUGCCGAUGCUUUGCGAAUUGCAGAAAGAUACGUAUCUCGUACAAAACAGAGAGAUGUGAUGUACCAUAAUGCACAAGCUAUUAGGGAUAAUAAACAUGGUAAAAAGAAAUAUUACAAUAACGGCAAUAAUAAUAACAAACGAUACAACUACAAUAACGGUAACAAUAACGAUAAUAAUGGCUACAACCGAAAUAAAGGAAACAACAAAAACUACAAUAGUAGGGAUUAUAAUGUAAACCAGGUACAAGAUCAGGGAAACUUUCAAGUUCCGGAGACCCUAAGACCUUCGUCUCCGGAGAACACACAAUAA